CAGAUCAUCCUGGACCCUGAGUGAGGGCAAAUGGCGACUAUGACUGAACACAUAGGAUGGAAUGAGUCUCAAAUUACUUCUCUAAAUCAGCAAGUGGAUCGCCUUAAAUUAUUAUAUCCAAUGGUUAAUGAAAGCGAAACACCUCUUCCACGAUCAUGGAGUCCAAAGGAUAAAUUUACAUAUAUUGGUCUUUCUCAAAAUAACCUUAGAGUGCAUUACAAAGGGUCUGGUAAAAAUCACAAAGAUGCCGCCAGUGUUCGUGCUACUCACCCAAUACCUGCUGCUUGUGGAUUAUAUUACUUUGAAGUGAAAAUAGUGAGCAAAGGCCGUGAUGGAUAUAUGGGGGUUGGUCUUUCUGCCCAAGGUGUGAACAUGAAUAGGUUACCAGGCUGGGACAAACAAUCAUAUGGCUACCACGGCGACGAUGGUCAUAGUUUUUGCUCCAGUGGCACUGGACAACCAUAUGGUCCAACAUUCACUACAGGAGAUGUAAUUGGCUGUGGUGUGAAUCUCAUAGACAAUACCUGUUUUUAUACCAAAAAUGGUCAUCACUUAGGAAUAGCAUUUACAGAUCUCCCACCAAACCUGUAUCCCACUGUUGGUCUCCAGACACCCGGUGAAGUUGUUGAUGCAAACUUUGGUCAAUCACCUUUUGUUUUUGAUAUCGAGGAUAUGAUGAAGGAAUUAAAAAGGCGCACAAGACUUACUAUUGAACGAUUUCCCGUGGUUGAUAAACAAGGUGAAUGGCAAACUACUCUUCAUAGGAUCGUUCAAACAUACCUUGUUCAUCAUGGUUAUUGUGCAGCAGCUGAAGCAUUUGCUCAAAGUACAGGACAAGCCUUCACAGAAGACAUUAAGUCAAUCAAAAAUAGACAACAGAUUCAGAAACUUGUACUGGCUGGACGCAUGGGCGAAGCAAUUCAAACAACUCAAAAUCUUUAUCCUGGACUUUUGGAACAAAAUCCAAACUUAUUGUUUAUGUUGAAAUGUAGACAGUUUGUUGAAAUGGUGAAUGGAACUGACAGUGAAGUCCGUCCCACCAAGAGCCCAAGAUCACAUAGCGGUUCACCUUGUAUGAGUCCUAACUACCCUAGUGUGUACUUUCAUAGACCUGCAACAACUUUAUCUACAUGUAGUUCUCCUGUGGUGUCUGGUAGUUCUCCCAAUCGGAGUCAUAGCCCUCAUUCUGCAUCUUCUCAGUUCAUUACGCCCAAACCUUCUAUACCAGUGACAGUUGAAAAUAAUAAUGUAAAUAAUAAUGUAGCAGUGACAUUAUCAUCUAUAGAAGAAAUGAACACUGCAAAUCGUGUUAUGAAUGGUGAAAUGUUGAAUGGAAACUCUGAAAUUUCUGGACCUACGAACUACAUUCAUCCUGAUGCUGAUGUUGAAAUGGAAAAUCUAGAUACAGUGAAUGAUAAUGCAGAAGUUAUUCGAACUUUGCCAUACACUACUAAUGGGACUGUUAUAACAUCUAAUCUUUAUCGUAAUGGUGAAGAAGAAAACGAUCAUGAAAAAAUUGGUGGUGAUAUGGAUGUUGACGCACCUCUAAAUAGGAAACAAGUUUGUGGUGGUAGUCAAGCUGCAAUAGAAAGGAUGCUUAAUUUUGGUAGGGAAUUGCAUUCUAUGAGUGUUCAACUCAAGAGGGAUUAUGGUACUAAUACAGCAAAUAAAAAAAUGCUCCAGGAAGGGGAGAAGACUGGAGGGGGUCUCAUCUGUCUCACCAAGGGGGAUGCCUUUAGUCUUUUGGCAUAUGCAGAUCCUUGGGCUAGUCCAGUAGGUUAUCAAUUAGAUCCUGUUCAAAGAGAGCCAGUUUGUGCUGCUCUUAAUAGUGCAAUUCUGGAAUCUCAAAAUCUACCAAGACAGCCUCCUCUAGAAGUGGCAAUGGCACAUACUCAGGAACUUGUAAAAUUAAUGUCUAAAGCAGGACUGGGGUCAUGUGCAUUUACUAAUCUUGAUAAUUUGCUUUAGUGAUAUUUGCCAGAGAAGGAAGCUCUUUGGAGUUCAAAAUGAGGCAUGCAGACUGAAUGUAUCAAUGAAAUGCAGACUUGUAUGUAUUAAUUCCUGCCUAAUAGGCUUUCUGUGCUGAAGGACAGUUCUCAUUUUGAUUGCACCUGUACCAUUUUGAAUCUAAUAUUUCUACUCUUGGCAACAAGUCUAGAUCAAUGUCAUAGCAUCACUGCUGUUAGCUAUGGUGAUUGAAUAAAUACAAUUCAAAGGAUUCAAUCUUUAACUAACUGAUGAUGGAACUGGCAUGUAUAUUUAUCUCAAAAGUUUUGUUGAUCAUUCAGAAAGCUUAUAGCAUGUUGAUACCGGAGUGUACAUAAUUAGAUUUUAUUUUAAAAGGGUUGUCAUAUAUAUUGUUCGAUAUAGAUACAUUUUUUGCUUUGAUGUUGGGAGUUAACAGUGGAAAAUAAGUAGGCUGUUGUACCCCGGUAUCAUUUAGGAAUGUUUCAAAUUACCACAUAUUGUGUUAGCUUGAGGUAUUGUAUGUUUGACAUAUAUUUAAGUCAUUUUAUCUUUAUUUUUAUGAAAAAUGAUUAUCCUUGUUAUGUGAUUUAUAUGAAAAUUAAUUUUUAUAUUUUCUUUUACAUUUGCCUAAAAAUGCUAAUAGAAAAGAAUCUAAUAAAUUAUGAUGUAAAAAAUCAAUAAAAAUCUGAAGGGAAAUGUAUGUUGCAGAAACUUUUUAAGUAAAUAAAAUAAUUUUUAAUGCUA